AUUUAUUUAAGUAAAUUUAAUGGACUCUAAUCCAACUAACUUAAGACAUUAAAAAAAACAUAUCACUUUGAUUUUGCAAGAAAGUCAAAAUCUAUUAGAAUUGUAUUUCUGAUUUUGAAUUAAUAGAUCAUAAAAAUUAGUCUGUUCAAGUUAAUCAGAGAUAAAUUCACAACCAGGUCCCAGAUUGAACCCUAAUUAAAUUGAAAGUAAAUCUGGUGAUAGUGGAGAUCUUUUUGAAAGUGGGAAUUUAUUACAAAGCAACUAAAAUAUUGGAUAAAGUUCAUAUCUUUAAAAAUUUACUUAAAGUGGUUCUCUUCUGAAUUAGUAUUGUCCACAUAAAUCUUUAACUUAAGAAAUUGAAAACCUUUUAUUUUAAUAAAUAAAGUCAACUUCUACUUGUAGAUUCAAGGAUAUCUGCGAAGAAUAGUGUUAGAUGAAAUUUAAUCCUGCGUAUUCUAAUGUUUAAAAAAUUUUGCUAUAUUAACUUCAUGAAAAUCAAAUAGCUGAAUUAAAAAAUAAAUUGAUUAAUGGAAAGAAAAAGAAAAUCAAGAUUUGUGAUGGAUAGGGAUGCGAAUUCUAUUUUAUUUUUAAUGAAAAAUUAAAAUAAAACAAUUAUUACUGUCCUCUUUGCCUAGAAUAUUUUGAGUUAAAAUUAUGA